UUUCCAGUCGGAUGUGUUUUUACAAUAUUUUUCUUGUGGAAGCGGAAGUUUCAUUGUUGCUGGCGCGGGUAAUACAAUUUUUACGAACUAGAAAAGUUAAGCAUUUUGUCAGUGUACUGAUUGAAUAAGAAAAUAAUGGAUAGGUACGUGUUGUGUUCCAUUUGGAACACAAAUAAUAAUUUUGGAAAAGACUAUGAAGAUGUUCCAGGACUGACAGCAGCUAGUAAUAUUUAUGAAUUGUUGAAAGCAAACUCCACUAUCACUACCAAAUCAAAGAGGUCAUCAUUUCCAGCCUGCUCUCUUAGUGGUGUACCUGCUACACAGAGGUGUUAUUUUGCAAUUCAGGCAUUGCAUGGAAAUUCACAGUUCUGCAGCUCAGAAUGGGAAGAAAUCGUCUCAACAUUACCCAAAAAUGAUAGUGAAGAGUUGUGUCAAACCAUCGAGUCCUGUCAGAAUGCUAUUCAGAGCUAUGAGGAAGAAGAGGACCCCACAGAAUCCCAAUCCAAGACAGAACUGUUUGAAGUGGCUGCUGAGAGUUUGCACCAGUUAUCGGACAAGCUUCCCCCACCAGGGAAGGCUCUCUUGGAUAUUAUCUUAUUGACCACUGAUAAUGAGGCUCCCAAACUGAAAGAAUUUCUCCCAGUUCUCGGGUCACUGAAGCAUAUGAAAGAGUGGCAUUCUGCAAAGAUAACCAUUGCAACAAAAGAAGCAAUAGGGUGGCAGAGACCUGCAGCUUAUUUAUCGGCACAUUUUUCUGAUCCUGAUCAACUUGAAAGGUGCAUCGAGAUGAACGAAAUAUGGAGGGGAAAUAUCUUAAUUCGAGAGAAAAAGUUUGCAUCAGAAGUCAAGUUUUCAGGAUUCAGCUUAAAAGGUGCCUGUAGAAGCUCAUGGAGUAGUUUACUGUGUCCGGAUGCUUCAGAGACUGACAGUCAGACUUCAAGAACCAAUAAACUGUAUUCAGAGGUAUUCCAUUAUUACAAGCCGGUGUUAAAUUUGAUACAGGUGGUGUCAGUCUCUGACUUCCCAGUCUACUUCUGCUCCAACACAGAGUUUGAACUCUGUGUAUCAACAAAAGCGGAGGAAGGCAAAUCAAAACUUCUUUUGGACCAGCUUGCUACAGUGCAGGGGAAGGUAGGAGCUUUGUUCACUUUGUCCUGCACUGUAAGCAGCGUGGUAAUCCCACCAACAAGUCAGUUAAGCACAAGGAAAUGGAAAGAAUACAUAGCUAAGAAGCCAAAAUUCAUUUCCGCUCCAGAUAUUGCAAUGAAAGGAGAGAACUGUAACUAUUUCCUUCUGGUCCAGGGCAAAGAAAAUGGGGGUUGCAAGGCUAGACUGAUUCGCUCUGCUACUCAGAUCAAUGGAGCUGCUGCUCUGGUCACAGUAAACGGAUUGCUCAAUAGCAAGCUGCUGCCAGGGACAGAUUUGGAUGUGGCUGCACUGCUGGGGUCUCUGUCUCUUCUCCAUGGUGAACAGCUGAUUCAGAGAGAAAAGAAGCUGGCUCAGAUUCAGGUGCUGGUCCUGAAGGAAUGCUUGCGAAUAAGAGUGAAGAACAAGAAGCCAGCAUCCAUUCCAGUCAAUGACCUGAAGGUUUUGUUAGCACUUGCUAGGGAGCAAUACCUAAAAAUGCACGAUGCAAACCUUCCCAAAACUGUUCUUCAUGAGGAGGCCCUGAAAGAGAAUCGUGAGAAAAAGUAUCCUGGAUAUGAUGUAACGCGUGUGAGUUCCUCAGAGUGUUCUGAGAGAAGUGUCCUUCAAAACUUUGAAAACUUGGAAAGAAUCAGACAAAGGAUGAGGACAGGCACACUGUUGGCAGGAUCUGAGUCUUUGCUGGGGCUCAAGGAUGGUCAGAGGUUACCUUCUGCUCAGCUGGAUGCUAAAGAACUGUUGAAAUACUUCACACCUGAAGGCCAACCAACUGGUGAACUCCAGCCAUUGCUGAUCCUGAGAGGGGAGAAUGCUUUCCAUAUGUCCCCUGAUCUGACACCUCGUAAAGUGCAAAAACUGCCGUUUGACCAGGCUGCCUGCUCCCAUUAUCACGGGAUUGAGUUCUGUUUGGAUGGCAGAAAAGCUCUGGAGAAAGAUAAGGGGUUUGUAAAACUUCAGUCCCGACUUAUCCGAUACGAGACCCACACAACCUGCACAAAAGAGUCCUGUCCGAUCCCGUUCGCGCUGAGUCCUGUCCCGUCCCCUGCAGUCCUCUCUGAGCCUGGGAGCGUCCCUGACGGGGAGGCAUUGCAGUUCGAGCAAAAGAGGGAGCUGUCCAAACAUAAACACAGGUCCAGGGAAAUGGACAGUGGGCUUCCAAAUAAGAGACUUGCUAAAUCUGAGAGCAUGGAUUCCCUUCUGUCGCAGUGUAGUGGCAGCAGUGGACCCCACCAUUCUGUUUGUACCCUGAGAGAUCGGCCCCAGAGGCAUGUGUCUGUGUCCUCUGCUUCAGGGAGGCAGCAUGGUGCUGCUGCUCACAAUUCCAUAGCAAAAGCAAUGCACCCAAGUAGAAGGGCCCAGGAACAUGAAAACACAGAACAGAGCAAAGAGUCUCGGUCUCAAAAGCAUGCUCGGAUGCUCAAAGAAGUUGUUGCAAAAACACUAACACUUCAUGGUGUUGCUGUCGAACACAAGUGCUUUGCAGUCUGCAGCCAACGCCUGUUUGAAAUAUCUAAGUUUUACCUAAAGGAUCUGAAAACCUCCAGAGGUCUACAUGAAGAAAUGAAGAAAGCUGCCAAAAGUAAUGCAAAACAGGUAAUUGAAUGGGUGUUGGAAAAGACUUCAAAUAAAUGACUCUCCUCUACUGAUUGGACUUUUAAUGAACAGUGUAGCCCCUCUCUUGUGUAUAAUAAUUUGAGUGUUGACUAAGUAGUAUUGCAGUAAUUUGAAAAAGUAUAAACAGAUGUCAGAUUCAUUUUUUAUGUAUUACCACAUAUUCUCUGAAGAAUCAAAUGUGAUUGUUGAAUUUUGGUAUUCAGAAUAGCUACUGCAUUUGUAUACUUUACUUUUUUGUCAAUAUGGUUUGUGUGCAUAUUUUUGUACUGUUUGUAAUAAGUGUUUGUCAAUAAAGCAUUUUAUCAUAAAA